GAAAACCCGUUUGACACCUUGGAGUCGUAAGGUUUUUAUGCCGUUAAAACCCUAGUUAGGGUUUAAUCCCGAAAGCAUCGUUACAAGCAUUUUGCUUCCUCUGAUCUUAAAUUUCAUAUUUUUCAUCUAAAGGAUUUAUACCCUUAUGGCCAUAAUGCCCCUGUUCUUCAAAUCAUCAAGCGCAUUGAAUUUACAGAAGAAAAAUGGUCGGCUUGCAUUCAGCAAUCAGAGAGCAAAGGCGUGACAGGAAAUCUGUAUCUUCGGAAGUUACUGAGCUCGAUUCAUUUCUUUUAGACGAACCAUUGACGGAUAAAUUUGACCCGCUUAGUUCACCAUUGCAAGAUUUUGAAGACUUGGGUUUUAUAGACGAUUGGAUAUGCGAGCCAGAUUGCUUUGAAAUGGCUGAUACACAGACAAGUUUUGAUAAAGAUAUAGCAGCAGCAAAAGAAAUCACUGAGAGAAAUAAGGUACGUGAAGAGUGUAGCCCAAUUUCUUUUACAUUAGAGGCUGCAGGUACCUCACCUAGUGAUGUAGACAGUGUAGGGGUCAUGAUUGGAGAGGUUUGCUUGGAUGGGGAUAAAGGCAUCCUGUCCGAGCACACAUAUUUGGAACACACAAUAGCUCAAAAUGAGUGCCGAAAUGUUAAAAAUGGGUGCCCAGAUGGAAUACGUGUUAAAACAGAGAAAAGUGGGUGCGAAGAUGGAAAAACUGAGUGCCCCGAUGGGUCAAGUAGUCUAUCUGAAAAAGAUGGAGGAAUUUCAAUGGGAAAAUCAAAAAAUGUAACUAGUUCUGGGGUUUCAGUAACUGGUCCCCUUCUUAGGCCAAAGGAAGAAUGUGUUGAAAAUGCCAACUCAGUUAAAAGAACAUGGAACAAUAUGGAAAUGAGUGUUCUGGAAAAGAAUGACUCUAGCUUCGAUUCGUUUAGUGGUUUCGAACACCGGGUAGAUAAUUUUGUGAAAAGUGAGGAAUUCCCAAUGGGAGAAUCACAUAAUGUGGCAAACAAAGGCGAUGGUUUAUCUGAGAUUUUGACCCCUGGUGCUACUCUUAGUUCUAAUGAAGAAAAUGCUGACAAUACCAGUUUGAUUCAUGGCACAGGAGGCGGCAUUCCUGAAAGGAGUGUUUUGAAAAACUGUGGGGUUCACUUAGAUGAGCAUAGAGGUUUUGAAAGCGCUGGACCAGAUGCCCAGUGCCCAAGUGGUGAAAGUGAAGAAACAUUAAUGGAAACAUCAAAAAUUUUGACAAUCAGUGGCAACGGUGUUUCUGGGCUUUCAGUGACUGGACAUAAUGAAGGCCAUACCAACAUAGUUCAGGGAAUUGGGUAUAACACUAAAAAUGAGGUCAAUGAGUUUAAAAAUACAAAAGUGUCAAGAAUAGACUAUAGUGAUGUCGAGAGCGGGGAGAUAGUGAGUGAAGAUGACGGGGAAGAAUGUACUGGUCUUAUGAAACCAGACUGUGAGGAAUGCAUUGAUAUGGUCGAACCAGACAGGGAGCACUGUAUUGAUAUGGUAGAACUGGAUGGUGAAGGUUGUGCUGGUAUGGUGGAAUCAGAUAGUGACUAUUGCUCCGAUUCUUUGUUGGGCAGUGCUGACAGCGAUUAUAGUGAAGAAGAUGAGUAUGUAGGAGGGGAAGAGGAAGGAGAAAUUAAAGUUGACAAAGGAAGAAGAAAAUUGCAUGUAGGAAGCUUGGAUUAUGAUUUUGGCAGCAGUGACGACGAGGUUCCCAAGGGGCCUAUACGGUCAAAGCAUGAGCUUGAGGUCCUGCCACCUGUUCCUCCAGUGAACAUAGUGCUGGAGAGUCAUCAUCAAACUCAACCUGCUGGUGUAAUUGCUUCUGUGCUAGGUACUUCUAUAGUUGUGGAAGGGAGGGAGUGCCAUACUCCUCUCAAUGAAGGUACAAUACUUUGGAGUCAAGAGAAAAGAUUGCCCCUAGGUUUCAUUGAUGAGGUGUUUGGACCAGUGAAGAGCCCAUUCUAUCUUGUUCGGUUUAAUACUGUCAAUGAUGUGCCUGACUUUGCCAAGGAAGGGGUGCAUGUUUCAUAUGUGCCACAAUUUGCAAGUUAUGUGCUAAAUGAUCCAAAUUUAUAUAAGAAGGGAUAUGAUGCAUCUGGUGAUAAUGAUGAAGAGCUAUUUGAAGAGGUUGAGUUUUCAGAUGAUGAGAAAGAAGCAGGGUAUAAAAGAGAAAAAAUAAGUGCUAAGAGAGGAGCAAAAUCAACACAAAAUGUUCAGGAAAAGGAUUGUGGCAGAGCUAGGAAAAAGCCCGAGUUUAUUGAUUAUAGGAAGAACAAAUUUAGUCAAAGCAGAUUCCAACAGAAUGCAAACUAUGCAAAUGGGCUGAAAGUGAGAGCUCAGGAGGUGAAAUUUCCUUUGAAGAAACCAUUUGAAAAUAGUUAUCGUAAUGGGCCACAUGUUUCUACAAAUCAGGUAAAAGACUGUAGUGUUACUAGUUUCCAACACAUGCCCGAGUCUGCCCAAUCUCGAGUUGGGCUUCAAACAUCUGGGAUGAACCAUAAACAAAAAUCUUCACAGCACUUGAGCCAUCAAGGUGGUUUUGUAAAACAAGCAGUGAUCCGAUCAACAGAGUCCGGAAACCCAAGACAUGGACUGCAUUUCUCCAAUGGGGCACCCUCUUCUCAUGGAAGAGUGACAGGAGGGAUUCAUCCUAUGCGGCCCUCUUUUGUUGCUGGGAAGUCUCUAUCUGAUGGUGAUUAUAAAGCUAACUCAUCUACCAGUGAUCGUGGUCCAUCACAUGAUCAGGCCCAAAUCUCACAUCUUGGACAGUCUUAUGCUAAGCCCAUGCAUGAUUCAUUGGGACAAUCUUCCCCAGUGCAGCAUCACACUGGGACUUUGCAUGAUCCAAUGGGCCAAACUUCUCCAGGACAAUCUCAAUUUAGGCCUGUAUGUGGUCCAGCUCAAGGAUUUCAUCCAACCGCAGUGUCCAACUUAGGUCAGCCACCUGGUGGACCAAUGCCAAAUGGUCAGCAGACAAAUGUCAAUCAUAUGGGUUUUCCACCAAUGCCCGUACAUCCUGCAUUCAUGGGACAACCUGCACAAGGCAGUAGCAUUCAACAGGCUAUGGCUUUUAUGGCUUGGAAUGCUGGACGAUCUAACCAUGUAGCUGGAGGGUCUCAAUUACUACCACCAAAUGCAAAUCAAGGGGCUGGAAAUCCACUAAAUUUCAAUCAGAUGCACACGUGUGUUGGAAUACCUGUUUUACAACAGCCAGGAUUGUAUACAAACAUGGGUGCACUUCCUGCGCAUAAUCUAAUGCCAUGGGGGCAGCAGACAAUUCCUCAGGGGAAUACAAGUCAUCUGCCAUCACAAAGCCCAAGCAUUCCAUUUUCUCAACCAAAUAAUAUGUCUGGUACUAGACCACCGCAUCCAUCCCAAGUAGCUAAAGAUAGUCCAUUGCAACAUAAUUAGAGGAUUCUUGCAACUGUAAGAGGAAUGUUUUCUCACUGACUAUAUUAGGUAUUUUAUCUCUGUUUUUACAAGUCUUUUCUGAGUGUAUACACAUAGGUGUACAGUUUGGAAUUGAAUAUGGAUUUCCUUUGUCUAUAUCAAGGUGAGUUAGGCAUAAGAUUUGGAGUCUUUUGUAUUUUCUUUUUUUAAUUUGAUCACGCUGUUUGUCUUUGUACUGUAGCUUUUGUAAAAUAUGAAUAAGCUACUUGCUUAUCAAUGGAAUCUGGCUUCAUAAGCUCUUGGUUUUCA